AUGAAGGUCUCUGUUGCCGUGUCGGCCCUCGUGGCCGUCGCAGCAGCCAAGCAGCCCUUCGCGCCGUGCAACGAUGCCUGCAAGACCUCCCACGCCAUGCGCGGCCCAACCUUGCAGACCGGAGGGCCCAGCUCCAGCUCCACGACGAAGACGGGGACGGGGACGGGGACAAGCUCGACGCUUCUCAGCAGUGCCCCGGACCAGGACCAGGACCAGGAGCUGCUCACGGUCCUGGACUUGGGCCCCGGAACAGCCUUCCCGCCAGACCUCCCCUUGCCGCUUUGCACGGAGACGGGAGCGCUCCCCGGAGCGAGACACCCGGUCAUGACGACGCCCACGCCCACGGCAACCCCUUACGACAAUGACCGAAGCACUUACGGGCUGCAACUGGCACCGCCGUCAUCAUCGCCCGACGAGACGCCGACCUACGACACCCAGACCGACGUAUACUGGCACGAUUGCGGGACCUGCGCCUUCUACUGGACAACGUCCCUCUCCGAAUAUGUGCCUGCGGUUACGGUGACCAACACCACUGACUACACUUAUACCAUCACCCAAGUGAGCUGUCGGCCUAGCAGUCCCCAGUAUACCGCGUCGAAAAGGCGCAAGCCGUCCGACGAGGAUUUUUGA